GUUCCCCCUCAGAAAGCGCGGGAACCCGGAGCCGCAGCCUACCCUAGGAGGGCGGGCAACUGUAGCAGCUCUGUGUAAGAUAAACGAGAUUGGGGUCCCGGAGGGGCACACGCCCAGGAUACAGAUUCGACACCCCAUGGAGACCUCAAAGCGUCCCUCAACGCCACACUGCGCACGCGCACUCUCCUGAGUUCGCGGGACCCCGCCGGCGAGGCCACUGCGCAUGCGUCAGGCAUGGAGAGCGGAAGCGGAAAGUGGGAUGCGUCGGGUGGGCACCUCAGCAACCAGUAGCCAUGCGCGGCUUGGAGGAGCCGGGGCCUCGGCCUACAGCGACCCCAUGCGGCUGCGUGAAGCCGGCUCUGGAGACAGGGAAUCUUUUAACUGAGCCAGUCGGCUACUUGGAAUCUUGUUUCUCGGCCAAGAAUGGUACUCCAAGACAGCCAUCCAUUUGUAGCUAUUCUCGAGCCUGUUUGAGGAUUAGAAAGAGGAUCUUUAAUAAUCCUGAACAUUCCCUGAUGGGCCUAGAACAGUUUUCUCAUGUUUGGAUUUUGUUUGUUUUUCACAAAAAUGGUCAUUUGAGCUGUAAGGCAAAAGUGCAGCCUCCUAGGCUGAACGGUGCAAAGACGGGAGUUUUUUCCACAAGGAGCCCUCAUCGUCCCAAUGCAAUAGGACUGACCCUGGCCAAGCUGGAAAAGGUAGAAGGUGGAGCUAUAUACCUUUCUGGAAUUGACAUGAUACAUGGCACACCCGUACUAGACAUCAAGCCCUACAUAGCUGAGUAUGACUCACCGCAAAAUGUGAUGGAGCCUUUAGCAGACUUUAAUUUACAGAAUAACCAACAUACACCAAAUAUUGUGUCCCAGUCUGACAGCAAGACUGACAGCUGUGACCAGCAGCAGCUCUCAGGGUGUGAUGAGCCACAACCCCACCAUAGCACUAAGAAGAAACCUAAAUGUCCUGAAGACAGAACUUCAGAAGAAAACUACCUGACACACAGUGACACAGCCAAAAUUCAGCAAGCAUUUCCUAUGCACAGGGAGAUAGCAGCGGAUUUUGGUUUGGAAUCAAGACGUGAUCAGAGUUCCAGUGUGGCAGAAGAACAAAUUGUCCCAUAUUGCCCGGAGAAGAGCUUUUCAGAGAAAGGUACAGACAAGAAGCUAGGGAGAGUGGAAGGAGCAGCAGUCUUGCAAGGAAGCAGGGCAGAGACACAGCCCAUGGCCCCUCACUGCCCUGCUGGAAGGGCUGAUGGAGCUCCCCGCAGCGUGGUUCCUGCCUGGGUGACAGAGGCUCCUGUGGCCACUUUAAAAGUGCGGUUUACUCCUCAUGCCGAGAUGGACCUUGGGCAGCUCAGUUCACAAGAUGUUGGUCAGCCAUCAUUUAAAUAUUUUCAGUCAGCAGAGGAAGCAAAGCGUGCCAUUGAGGCUGUGCUGUCAGCGGAUCCUCGGUCUGUGUACCGCCGGAAGCUUUGCCAGGACCGCCUUUUUUACUUUACCGUAGACGUAGCGCAUGUCACUUGCUGGUUUGGUGAUGGCUUUGCAGAGGUGCUGAGGAUCAAGCCGGCUUCUGAGUCUGUUUAUAUGACUGGCGCUGUGGGGUCCUUGGUGUCUCUAGGGUCUUAAGGAGCCUCCCUCAUGUCUUUAAGGUAGCAUCAUUGAUCUUUGGAUGUGGCUUUUGGAUUUUCUGAACAAGCUAAUGUUGUGUCGAGAAGCAACACUUUGUGAUCUCAUGGCUUUGAUUGAUUUGGGCUGUUCAAAAUGUUUAUUUGAAAAAUGUGUACAUUAAUAAACUUAACAAAGAGAUAUAAAA